UGAGGAGCAGCGGUACAGGGGCCCAUGGCAGAGAGUGGCGGAGCGUAAGCUGCUAAAAUUGAAGGCCAUACAGAGGCCUAUGUUAAAAAGUCCCCCCCAGCAGCAGCGUGGGGAGACGACUAUAGUCGUCGACUAUCAAGAGUCCAAUGGCAGAGUGGCGGCGGAGCAGAAGCAGCUUCAAUUGAAGGCCAUACACAGGCCUAGGUUUAAAAGUCCCUCACAGUUAAUUCCAAUAACGAACUCUACUCCUCCGUGCAAUCUACUUACGAGACCCUGGGCAGGUCUGGGUCCAAGGGGCCCAUGGCAGAGUGGCGAAGCGUAAGCAGCUUAAAUUGAAGGCCAUACAGAGGCCUAUGUUAAAAAGUCCCCCCAGCAGCAGUGUGGGGGGAGACGACUAUCAAGAGUCCAAUGGCAGAGUGGCGGAGCAGAAGCAGCUUCAAUUGAAGGCCAUACACAGGCCUAG